CUCUUGUAUCGGCUAUUAACACUCCAGCUAUGGGAGUUUAAACUGUAUUCUUUGAUUUAUUAUUCUGUAAUUUUUUGCGAUUAAUUGAAUGUAGGUAUUAAUAAAACUAGCGUUGAUCCACCCAAUACACAACAAAAGCCAAUUAUCUUUGACUACGUUUAUCAUUAUCUACGCUUAAUUGAUAUCAAACAAAUAUAUCGAACAAGUAAAUAAUAAAAGCAAUUAUAAUGUCUGCCACAUUGAUGUUCAUUGUGUUAAAUUGAACAUUGCAACUCUGAUUGUCGUCCGCGCCUCAAUAGUUUCAAAUUAAAAUGAAAAUAUACGUACAACCGUAGAAGAAGCAGAAAGCCUACACACUUUUGCCAUCAUGGCAGACAAACAAGAGAAUAUAGAAAAAAUUGAAGAAAAACCUUUGAAUAAAGAGAAGGAACAGCUGAGUAACAAAGAAAAAAGUUUUACAGAAAAGCUUUGGUAUGUAAAGGAUAACAUUACUGUUGAGCCGUUACUAGCCGGCCUGAUCAUACCUAGUGUGAUAUCUCGCUUUGCGAUGACCAAUUUCAAUUUGGACAAAGCCUGCAGAGUCUAUUUCGAAUUCGAAGAUCACAUUUGUAACGCUUUAGUCAAAAAGAAUAGCAAUAACUACUCAAGCUAUGAGAAAGAAGUACAAAAGUUAAUAUCCUCGAUCGAUAUAUGGAAGGGUAUUCUUCAUACUGGAUUACCUUUUAUCAUGAUUAUGUUUUUGGGGGCAUGGAGUGACAGAACAGGGAAAAGGAAAGUUUGCAUUUUACUCCCAAUCUUCGGUGAAUUGUUGACGUCGUUGAAUAACUUGGUGAACGUUUACUUCUUCUACGAAAUUCCGGUUCAUGUGACAGUGUUUUUAGAGACGUUCUUCACAGCUGCGACGGGAGGGUGGAUGACUAUGUUCCUUGGUGUGUUUAGUUUCAUUAGUGAUAUAACAUCAGAAGAAACCCGUACCUUCAGGGUUGGUCUCGUGAACAUCGGAAUGACAGCAGGACUCCCCAUUGGAAUUGGUUUGAGUGGGUUCUUGCUGAAAGUGCAACUGGGAUACUACAGUAUAUUUGCUUUAACAACCGGCAUGUUCGUUGCUGUACUUCUGUAUGGAUGCUAUUGUCUGAGUGAACCUGAUGAAUGGCUAAAGGAACGGGGGAUGCCCACUAUACAACGAGGCGACAGCAAAGGAGUUUCGUUUUUCGAUGUCACGCACGUAGUGGACACGAUCGGCGUCGCGUUUCGGAAGCGGCCCUCAAAUCGACGGGUCAAAGUGCUUCUCACACUGGUCGCCGUGUUCAUAUUAUUCGGGCCUUCCAUGUCGGAGCACAAUAUUUUCUACCUGUUCGUGAGGAACCAGCUGAACUGGGAUCCAGCGAAAUACAGCUUCUACACCAGCUACGCUAUACUUCUUCAUUCUGUUGGCACGCUGUUCUCAAUAACAGUACUAAGUCGGAAACUGCAGAUAGAUGACUCUCUUCUCUGCCUCAUUUCUGUGUCCAGCAAAUUCUUGGGCUCCACCUGGACGGCCUUUAUAAAAACCGACAUCGAAAUGUACCUGAUACCAAUAGUGGAACUAUUGAACGGUACAACAUUUACGUCACUACGGUCAAUCAUAUCAAAGUUGGUCGACAAACAAGAAACCGCUAAGGUUAACUCGCUCUUCUCCCUCACGGAGACACUGGCGUCGUUGAUCUUCCAGCCUUUCUACUCCUGGCUAUAUAUGAAAACUCUGAAUGUACUGCCGGGGGCUGUGUUUCUCACUAGUUCUGGUCUCAUUGUACCAGCUUCCAUCAUUCUUAUAUACUUUUUCACUCAGCAUCGAAUAAAUUUGAAAAAGGCAAGACAGAAAGCUUUGGAGGCUGAAGAGAAGAAGGAAACUGAAACCGUAAAAGUUCCUGAGAAACCGCCAAUACCCGAAAUGAGUCCUAACUUUAAUUCAACACGCUUAUAAUUGGGCGGUUCAAUCAAAAGACUGAUAUUAUACUAACGCAGGGAACAAUUCCCGAUAAAAAAAAAUCGUAUUGUAAAUCGUUUUAAUAAGAAUAAUGUAGUUCGUAGAAUAAUUAAAUCGGAACUUAUAAAGUUAGAGCUUACAAAGCCUUUUUAAGCGUCAUCUCCACGGGCGAGAGUAUCACGACGAGUCCGUUCUACUAUCGUCAGAUAAAUCUCCACGGUACAACGAUAAUUCCGACGUGACCACAACGCCUUGUAUGGCCUACCAACUGUGGCGUACCGUAGCGGUAUCGCCGCAAGAAUUGACGAUAUCGUCGCAAUAAUCGACGAUAUCGUCGCGAGAGACGAGUCUGCGACGUCAUACUUAUCCAGAGCAACUCGUCGUAUCGCCGUGAUGGUAUCGCCCUGUGGAGAUAGGCCCAUAAAGUUUGUAUUGAAUUUGGUGGCAUUGGAUACUCUCGUACGUGGAGAUGGUGCCUAAC